AAAGUUAUUCCAAAAAUAAAUCAAACAUGGAAAACAUGCAUCUAAAAGUAUGUACAUAAAAGUUCUUUUAUAUGAAAAUUUGAAAGGCAGAUGGAUAGAUGCUUCAUCUAACUUGGUUAUUUAAACAACCAGCAAAAUUGGAAAAAUGGUGAGGGAAAAUAUGGAAGAAGGGUUGUUAACAAGCAGGUAUCAACUACCACCAAAUGAAACAAAACCAACCGGCAAUGGCGCCGACGGUGACGGUCUUACCGACAACCUUAACAUGCCAUCUCAGCCGGCAGCUUCGUCGUUAACACUUGUUCUUGUCUUUUGUACGUUUGUUGCUGUCUGUGGCUCAUUCAGCUAUGGAUGUUCUCUUGGUUAUUCAUCACCAGCGGAGACAGGGAUCAUGGAAGACUUGGACCUCUCCUUGGCAGAAUACUCUGUUUUCGGUUCAAUAAUUACAAUUGGAGGAAUGGUAGGAGCAAUUCUAAGUGGGAAGAUAGCAGAUCUUAUCGGUAGGAAACGUGCAAUGUGGUUCUCUGAUGUCUUGUGCACUGUUGGGUGGCUAGCAAUAGCAUUUGCAAAGAACGCUUUGUGGCUGGAUAUUGGAAGGCUGUUGAUCGGACUCGGAGUCUCUAUUUUCUGUUAUGUGGUACCUGUUUAUAUAGCUGAAAUAGCACCUAAAAGUUACCGGGGUUCCUUUGCAUCAUCAAACCAGUUGAUGACUUCUUCUGGGUUUGCAAUUAUGUUUUUCGUUGGAACCUUCAUUUCGUGGCGCACCCUGACUAUGAUCGGUGCUAUUCCCUGUGUAGUACAGAUAAUAGGCUUGUUUUUCAUUCCAGAGUCCCCUAGAUGGCUGGCAAAAUGUGGUCGAGAAAAAGAGUUUGAAGCAUCCUUGAAGCGUCUUAGGGGAGAGAACUCAGAUAUUUCUGAAGAAGCUGCUGAGAUCAGAGAUUAUAUAGCUACUCUUGAGCAACAAACAGAAGCAAGCUUCCUUGAAUUGUUCCAAAGGAGAUAUGCCAAUGCACUCAUUGUUGGAGUUGGCCUAAUGCUAUUGCAGCAACUAGGAGGAAAUAGUGCUGUGGUAUAUUAUACUAGCCGCAUAUUCAAAGAAUCCGGUAUAUCAGGUAGCCUUGGCCUUCAAGUUUUAGCUGUUUUACAGGUUCCAGCAGCAACUAUAGGUUUGCUUUUAAUGGAUAGAUCCGGUAGACGGCCACUUCUUUUGGUUUCUGCAAGUGGAUUGUGUUUCUCCUACUUUCUCCAGGGACUGGCAUUCUGCUUUAAGGAACUCCCCAAUUUGAAGGCUCUUACUCCACCUCUAGCACUUAGCAGUACUUUGAUUGCUGCUACAGCUUUCACAAUAGGGUUGGGAGGAAUACCAUGGAUUAUAAUGUCAGAGAUAUUUCCUAUAAAUGUUAAAGCUCAAGCUGGAAGCCUGGUGACUUUAGUCAAUUGGUCCACUGCUUGGAUAAUGACUUACAGUUUCAAUUUUAUGAUGGAUUGGAGCUUAGUAGGUACAUUUUUCUUUUUCUCGGGAAUCUCAGGCUUAACUGUCCUAUUCGUGGCCAAGUUAGUCCCAGAGACGAAGGAGAGAACACUGGAGGAAAUACAAGCAUCCAUCACUCAUUUUAUGUAAUAUAAGAUUUAAUCUUGGCAUGGCCAUGAAUGCAUGCACCAAUAGGUAUAAACAGUAUGCAUAUGGCUUACUUUCAUUCUUAUUUUACAAGUGAUCAUUUCCAAGGAGGAACAAUGCUGGUGAACCCUUUUCCAUUUCAGCAUAUUGGGUUUAAAAGACCCUAAAUAUGUAUUUGUAUACUGUGAACUUGUACAGUAUUGUGACAUUCAAUUUUCUUUAUAUAUUUACUGUUGGAAUUUUGUUUUA